AUGCACCAAUCACGCCUCCCUAAGCUACAAGUCCCCCCGCUGGGAGAUACGCUUGGGAGGUACCUGGGGGCAGUAGCGCCAUUGCUGUCUCCGGAGGCAUUUGCGGUCACCAAGGGGGUGGUACAGGAGUUCGAGACCAGCGGGGAAGGGGAGGCGCUCCAGCGGUCUCUCCUCGAGUACGCCGCCGAAAAGGAUAGCUUCGUCGAGGAGUUCUGGGACGACAGCUACCUCACGCCCAAGUCCAGCGUGGUGCUGAACCUAAAUCCCUUCUUCGUGUUCGAGACGCCCACUUUGAGCACUCACUCCAAAGACUUGGGAGACGAAAUCGGCGACGCUGGCGCCUGCUCCUCUUGCGGCGCCGGUGGUGGUUCGGAGGACCGUUCUCGCUUCCCUUCCCCGCCACGGAGGUCAGCAAACGGAGGCAUCGACGUCUACGACGACAACGCAUCCCGGCCGUCUUUUUAUCGGUCACCACCCCACAAGCGGGGUGACAGGAGGAGCAGCGAGCCGGCGUCCCGUCGGGCGGCUCGCGACACGGGCCGGGCCGCUGUCGCGGGGAAGAAGCAGGCGAGGCGAGCCGCGUCUUUGCUGUACUCGUCGCUGAGGUUCGCGUCGGCCGUGCGGAGCGAGACGUUGCCCCCUGACCUUUGGCGAGACACCCCGCUUUGCAUGGCGCAGUACCGGAGGCUUUUCGGGGCGCACAGGAAGGCGGUCGAGAACGACGCGGACGAGAUGAGAGUGUGCGAGGAUUCCAGACACGUGGUUGUGCUGUGCAAGAACCAGUUCUACUGCUUCAGUGCGCUACAUCCCGAUGGACGGGUGGGAAUCACUGAGGAGGAGCUGGAAGAGAUUGUGCUAGCCGUGCAGGAAGAUGCCGCGAAGGCUAACCUAGCAAAGACCGCGGCCAACGCUGUCGGGGUUCUCACCACUCAGACGCGGGACGAUUGGGCGGUUGCCAGGAGACGGCUGGCCGCGGCCGACGAGACAAACAAGCGCUACCUUCACCUCGUCGACACGGCGCUCUUCGUGCUGUGCCUCGACCACACCUCCCCCUGCACGUCAGCCGAGAUCGCUGCUUCGUGCCUACACGGGAGCUACGCCUUGGAAGGAGACGUUCAGGUUGGCACGUGCACGAACCGGUGGUACGACAAGCUGCAGCUGAUCGUCUUCGAAAACGGCGCCGCGGGGGUGAACUUCGAGCAUACCUGGGUCGAUGGACACACGGUACUCCGCUUUGCAAGCGACGUGUUCGCCGACGUGAUUUAUCGGUUCGCCAACCACCUUACGUCUACCACGGGCGGCGCCCGCGGCCGUGAAGGCAUGGGGGAGGUGUUCCCCCCGGACAAGCAGGCGUUCUCCCUUUGCGAUGGGCGGAGCCCCGUCAAGAUGGAGUGGCGACUGCCCAAGGACAUGCGGAGGGAUAUCUACUUCGCCGAGACCAGAAUAUCGGACCUCAUACGGCAGCACGACGUCCAAGCGCUGGAGUACGACACUUUCGGCAAGCGUUUCAUCACGCAGAACAAGAUGAGCCCGGACGCGUUCGUGCAGAUGUCGAUCGUGUACGGCUACUACGGCCUCUACGGAGAUGUCGUCGCCGCCUACGAGCCGGUCUUGACCAAGGCGUUUCUGAAGGGCAGAACGGAGGCGCUGCGGACGGUUACAGCGGAGGUCAAGGCCUUCUUGGAGGCGUUCUCCAACCCGGACACUUCCACGAAGCGCAAGAUGCUGUCCUUGAGGACCGCCAUCGUGUCGCACGGCCGCCUCGUCAAGCUCGCGGCCAAGGGGAAGGGGGUCGACAGACACUUGUUCGCGCUCCUGUGCAUGGCCAAGAAGAAGGCGGAGGAAGCGACAGCAGAAGCGACAGCAGCAAAGGAGGCGGUUCCGAACGGAGGGGACAGUAAUGGAACCACCCCCCCGUCUCCUCCCUCCCAGAUCCCGGCGCUGUUCGAGGACGAGGCUUGGCGGGUGCUUAACCACGUCAUCCUGUCCACGAGCAAUUGUGGCAACCCGUCGCUGCGGCUCUUCGGCUUCGGGCCGGUCGUCCGGGAUGGUUUCGGCGUUGGCUACAUCAUCAAAGAGAACCAGCUGAAGUUGGUGGUGACGUCGAAGAACAGGCAGACGGAUAGGUUUGUCGGCAAGAUCCGGGAGUUUUUCGACACCGUCUUCCACGCCUACAGCCCGUCACAGAUCCAAGGCAGGGUGAGAGUUGUGGCGGCCGAAGGUGCUUCGGAUGAGUCUGGCGGCUACUCGAUGUGGGGAUCUUUCAGAAACAAGAAAGGAGACGCGCUUCUCUAA